ACCCGUCAGCCGUCUGCAAUGAGUUUAGUUUUCAAAACAAGACUCUGCUUGCCGCUUGUAGGCUGCACUCGCAUCUAAACGAAAACUUAAGGCAGAGUUAAAACCUGGUGAUUCGGAAAACUGUGCCUAUACUAGUGUUUCGUGUGAUUUUGAUUUUUCUCUGAUAUUUUCUGCCUUUUCGGUAAAACGUGACGAAAAAAUGGACACCCUUCGCGAGCAGGUGAUGAUCAAUCAGUUUGUGCUGGCUGCAGGUUGUGCCAGGGAGCAAGCGAAACAGUUGCUACAAGCGGCUCAUUGGCAAUUCGAAACUGCUCUUAGUAUUUUCUUUCAAGAAGCUGCGAUACCUCCCUGUGCACAAGGACCUGGUACACAUUUUGGUCAAAUUACUCCAUGUAAUACACCGGCUACACCACCAAAUUUCCCUGAUGCACUCUUAGCGUUUUCCAAAAUGUCUGCGGGCGACAAAACUCCUUCGGGAAUGUCGCCAAGUCAAAAUGGAUUGCAUCAGAAUUCGAUGCAGAUCGGGAUGGCGGCGCAACACCAUGGAGGACGGUGUAGUGUAACCGGGAAUGCGCAACAGCAAACACAGAGUCAACAAUUGGGCCUAGGCGAACCACAGAGAUAAAAGAAACUCGUGAUUCGGCGGCCCGUGUGUAAGAUCCCGAGGUCGCACGAUGUGCAUGUAAACGGUGUUUAAAACAGGAAGCAUGGUUUAUAAAAGAUCGACUGGCUCCCCAGGAUUAUACGCUGUGUAACCACAAGAGCGAUUAUUAGCCGAGAUUCACACGCUCGUAUCUCCUUAUCCCUAGAAAAAGGACGCAAGAUUUUCUGAAAAAUUGUGUGCACGGUGGAAAAUUCAAAUAAUUAUUUAGACGUGCACCUAGAAGAAACGAGAUCUCUCUCCAUAGAAAGGGGAUCCUCAUCUUUCAUCGACUAUAAUACGGUAUAUAUGAAUUUCUAGACUAGGUACGAUACGAUCCUCUGUUGUUUAUUCUUGUUAUUCUUUGAUAUAUGUUGUAUAUUGAAAGACGCAAGACGAUCGAGCCUGUUGAAACAUCUCGCGAGAAAAAAAAAAAGCUCUUGUCUUCUUCCAUUGGAUUAUUCUGAGUGAUACACGUAAAAAAAAAGAAAAAAAAGAAAAAAAAAAAAAAGAAAAAAAAAAGAAGAGAAAAGAACAUAAAGAAAGAGGAAGUUUGCAAAGAGAUUAUUUCUUUUUUCUCUCUCUCCUUUUUAAAAACUGUACUUCUGGGACGGUAGUUCCUAUGGUUAUGAAAGACAGCGAUACUCUCCUUAGCGUUUAUGAAAUUAGUAUGCGUCCAGAAUGCCGCUUGUUGUAAAUGAGUAGCGAGAAGCCUCCUCCACCGUCCCGGGUAUCUUCCUUGUUGUUUCUCGAUCUACAGAACUCGCGGCUAGAUAGGAAACAUUUGCGGUUCAUGGACCGCUGAAGUCAAUGAGAAAUCGAAUAUCACUUCCACACCAUAGUACAAAAAAUUGCCGACACUGGAUAGCAUUUAGCGAUGAAUUUUAGUUAUUUUUUCUUUUUUCUUUUUUUUUUUUUUUUAUCACAAUUGAGCGACAUAAUCAAUGUAAUUUGAUUUUAGUAGUUUAGUAACCACGAGUUGAAAAAUAUUAUCUUACUCGUAUUUCUUGUCAUCUGUUAUUUUUGAUGACAAUCUUGAUGAUGACUUGAUCCAGUGAUUUUGUAUAAAAUCUGAUUUUGUCGGCACUGUUUUGUAAUAAUAAUAAUAAUAAUAAUGAUAAAGAUGUAAGUCGAAUAAAAGGCAAAAAAAAUUGUUCAUGCUCAACGCGAAACGAGUAAUGGAUAAAAAUACGAGGCUAUUAUAAUGAAUGCGAAAUUACGAUGAAUUAUUAUGUAAAAAAUUGUAAAAAGAAAUUUACUGAUUAUGUAAUGUCCACUAAGUAUUUAUGUAAAGUGAUUUGAAGAACUAUACUAUACAUUUUUUAGAAAUCAUUCAUACGGAGAAAUCACUUGCUCAGAUAGUAUCCAGUGUAGGUCAUUUUUUUUCUACGAGAAAAAAAGCAGUGGAGCCAUAUUAGCUGAGCUGUUUCAUCGUCAAUUCAAUUUACACAUAGGAAAACAAAUAGAGAUUUCGUACUUCUUCACAUGUAAAUGAUUUAAUCAUAGAUUUCGUAUUAUUCGCAGAAAUUCUUAUACAACAGCUUAUUGUAAUUUACCUAACCAGUAUAUAAUAAAAACUGUUUUCCAUUCAUUCUUAUAUACACAUCGAUAAUCGAUGAUGUACACCUGAAGCUUAUUUUCAUUUUCGAUUCGACGAUCUUUCUCACAAAAUAAUCUAUUUAUUUUCAUGACACGUCUUAUAUUGAUUCAUAUUUAGUUUCAAACAAAUGAAAGACAUUUUAUUAUUUGAAUAAGCAUAUAGAAACUUAAAAUGUAUUAGAAAGUUGCAGAUUUCAUUGCAAUUAAUAAAUAAUAUAAAAAUCAGUCUCGAAAGAAAAGAGACAUCAUGAUCAGUAUAAUCAAAUUUUCAGAGAGAUGGAAUAGUUCAAGUUUUCGAGUUUCGCUGCAGCUUCAUCACUGUGCAUUCAUUUGUGUAAAUACGAUAGAAAUGAUGUUAUAUGAAAAUUGAGUAUGAUGAAACGUUUUUCUGUAAGGUAUACGCUUUAAUGUCUUUUUUGUGUUUGUAACGUAUAGAUCAGUGUCCCGUGAUAUGUUAUAGUUUAUAUGUUAUAUUUUGUUUUUGUGACCUGAUCAUGAAAUAUGUAUAAUGUAUUAAAAUUUGUACUGGCGUGACAUGAUAUUUUUAGAAAAAUGUUAUUCAUAUUAAUUAUAUAGAAAUUUUAGAACACUGAUCUAAACAAAUUAUGAAAAUACUAUUAUGUUAAAGCUAUUAUUAUUAUUAUUGUUUAUAUUUGACUAUCAAUAAUAAUAAAUAAUGUUUAUGUACAUAAUUUUGAAAAAAAUGAUUUAAAUAAAACAUUAAUAAUGGUGCUUUCAUAGA